GUUUAUUGUUUUCAUUCAUUAGAGAAAUUUCUCAUUUCUCAAAUUUAUUUAAUAUACAUUGCCCUAUUUAAAUAUUCAAGUAGCCCCAAAGAGAAGCCAACAGUUACUGGUGAGGGAAAUGUAGAGCCUACAAUAGAAGUAUUAGUAGAUGAUGCCGCUCUUAAGGUGACUGAAGGCAAUGCUGCAAGAUUCCAGUGGAAAAUUGAAGGAGUUGAAUUGUCCAAAGCUGAGGUAAAUAAGAAUGGUCGGAAGUUGAAGACAAACAGCAAUGUUCAUAUUGAAAAAUCAGAUGAAGUUAUUACAUUGCUGAUUGACCAAGUAUCUGUGGAUGAUGAGGCAGCUUAUACUGUUGGAAUAGAUGGUUCAGAAAAAGAUCAUGGUGAAAUCAGAUUGAAAAUGGUCCCUGAUGUAUCAUCUGUCGAAAAUGAAAGAAGUGUUCCAUGUGAACCACAGUUUAUUGUAGAGCCUGUUGUGGAUGUUCAGGAUGGAAGAAGAUUAUCCAUAAAAUGUGCCGUUUCUGGAUAUCCUGCUCCUGAAGUUACUUGGUAUCACCACGGGCAACAAUUGAAUCAAGAUGCAUUGUGGGAAAUUUUCAACCAAGAUGGCUACUAUCACCUUGGGGUUGACGACCCUUCUAUGCUAGAUUGUCAAGAGAUAGUUUGCCGCAUAGAGAAUGAUCUUGGAUAUGUGCAGAGAGUGGUUCGUGUAAAAAUAGAUGGGGAUGAAGUGUACUGUGAACCUGUGCUGCCACCUGUCAACAUGGAAACCUCUGAGGUGAAAAACUCGGCUCCUCGCAUAGAGAUAGAUAUCUCUGAAACUGUUACAGCAAACUUAAGAAAAUUGCCAUUGGCAGAGUGUUAUACAGACAAAUUGAAUUUCGUUACACUAAAUGCUGGUGAUAUUGUAGAGGUCCUUGCCUGUCAACUGGAAGGGACGGUUCUUGCGAGGAACAUGCCGGGAAAAGAUAAGGUGUGCUAUAUCCCACAGGAAGCUCUGAGUGCCACUGAUGACGUAAGCACGCAGGUAUGUGAGAUCGCAGCCAUCGAAGAUAACAGUCAACGUUCUGAACAAGAUUUACAUCAAAACAAAGAAGAGGCAAAGAUGCCGGAGAGACGUAAAAUGAAGUCGCCCAGUCCGAAGAUGACUAGUACGCCAAAGAUGAAACGUAAAGAAGUCGACACAGAAUCUACAGAAGAACUUCAAAAGAGACUGGGCUACGGUGAUAACCCAACACAAAAGAAAGAAUUUUCGACAAAAGAUUUCGGUUGAGUUCACAGAAUACAAUGAUGGAACAACAAGACCGAUGUUCAAAAAGAGGCUGAAGAGUGUGACAGGGAAAAG